AUGUCUGCUAAGCCCAUCGCUGUCGUCGCUGGUGUUGGUCCCGGCACAGGUGCCUCGAUCGCGCGCAAAUUCGGAAAAUCAUACAACAUCGCAGUACUAGCUCGGAAUCCGACAAACUUUGAAGCCGUUGUCAAUGAAAUCAAAUCCAACGGCAGCGAAGCCAUCGGCAUCAGCACCGACUUAACAAGCUCGAGCAGCGUCCAAUCCGCAUUUGAUCAAAUCACUCAGAAAUAUCCAGACUCUCCUUUAGCAGCGGCAGUAUUCAAUCCGGGUGGUGGCUUCGUGCGAAAGCCGUUCUUGGAGUUGACGGAGGAGGAAUUCGUGCAAGGAUACGAUAGUCAAGGAAAAGGAGCAUUUAAUUUCGCCAAGAGCUCACUCCCUCUGCUUCUAAAGGCUAAGCACCUUCAGCUCCCACCGACCUUGAUCUUCACCGGCGCGACAGCCAGCAUCAAAGGCUCCGCGACCUUUUCAGCUUUCGCGACGGGCAAAUUCGCCUUGCGCGCGCUGGCACAAUCUCUAGCUCGCGAAUUCGGCCCUCAAGGCGUGCAUGUCUCACAUGUCAUCGUCGAUGGGGUGAUUGAUAUUCCUCGCACGAAGGAAUGGAAGUUCGAACACGAAGAUGCCAAACUUGAUCCUGAUGCUAUUGCGGACUCCUACUGGCAUUUGCACACGCAGCCUCGAACAACAUUCGGAUUCGAAUUGGACCUGCGACCCUAUGUGGAGAAAUGGUAG